AGUCAGAGGACCGAAAAGGAUGUAUUUUCCAAACCGUGGCUUGGCGUAAGGGUUUGUUUUGGGGUGAGUAAAGAAAAUCAACUAAAAAGUAUUAUUUGAGUGCAAAUAGCGUUUUAAAAACCAUUAAAAAAAAAUCACCGAUAGACUAAAGCAGAGGGUGGGGGAGGGGCUGCUUCUCCUCCUCGCUCCAUCUCACGUUACAGAGCUACAGUGGAGCGGUGAGUUCAGCACAGCUCCAGCUGCGACACGUGAACCCGCCUCCAAAUCCAAAUGUGAUCAAACGCCGCUCAGAGGGUCCUCACACCCCUGCGUCGAAACUUUGUCCCCCCCCCCGAAACCCCCAGAAUCUCCUUUACGCACAAACCCACAACCACGAGAGCGCAGCGACGCGUGUAGCCGAGUGAACUCAGGAUGAGGCUGGGUGGCGCGACCCAGUUAUGUCCGGUCAGUCGGACGGCUCUGUGAGUGGCGGCGGCAGCUGUGGAACGUGGAGAAAGAAUCUUCUCAUGGGACUUCUGGGUCCUGAAGCGCCUGAUCCGGAGGCAACGUGAGGAGCGCGCGAGCCUCCAGAACACGGAGCGGCCCGAGGCGGAUACCAGUGGGUUCCGACGGGGAAGGAAGGGGGACGAACCCCGUCUUAGUGCCGAGCGCACAGAGGACCCCCCGGGCCUGAAGGUUGCGGGUUACAUAGCAUGGGAGCGCAAUGUUGUCCAGGAAGGGACUCAUUCCUGAGGACUACCUGCUGACACGACUAGCUGAGGAUGUUCUGCAGCCGAAGUUCAAGGCCAAGCAAGGGAAGGCUCGGUUUGUGGGGAAGAACGGCACCUGCAACGUUGCGCACACCAACAUCCGAGAACAGGGUCGGUUCUUACAGGACGUGUUCACAACUCUAGUGGACUUGAAAUGGCUCCACACUCUCAUCAUUUUCACCAUGUCCUUCCUAUGCAGCUGGCUCCUGUUCGGGAUGAUCUGGUGGCUUGUGGCUUUUGCGCACGGCGACCUGGGCGAAAGAGAGGAUGGUUUUGUCCCGUGCGUAACGGACAUCCACUCCUUCUCCUCCGCCUUCCUCUUCUCCAUAGAAGUCCAGGUGACCAUCGGCUUCGGGGGUCGGAUGAUCACGGAGGAGUGCGUCUCGGCCAUCGUCAUCCUCAUAGUGCAGAACAUCGUGGGACUGGUCAUCAACGCCAUCAUGUUGGGCUGCAUCUUCAUGAAAACUGCGCAGGCCCACCGGCGCGCGGAGACGCUCAUCUUCAGCAAGCACGCAGUCAUCUCCCUCCGGAACAGCAAGCUGUGUUUCAUGAUCCGCAUCGGAGACCUGAGGAAAAGCAUGAUCAUCAGCGCCACCGUGCGGAUGCAGGUGGUAAGGAGGAGCACCACGGAGGAGGGAGAGGUGGUCCCCCUUGACCAGAUCGACAUCCACAUGGACAACCCGGUGGGGACGAAUGGGGUCUUCCUGGUGUCCCCCCUCAUCAUCUGCCAUGUCAUCGACAAGUCCAGCCCCCUGUACGAGCUUUCACCGGACGACCUGCAGCACCAGGACCUGGAGGUGAUCGUGGUGCUGGAGGGGGUGGUGGAGACCACCGGCAUCACCACGCAGGCCAGGACUUCCUACGUGUCGGAGGAGAUCCUGUGGGGCCAUCGCUUCGUGCCGACGGUGUCCGAGGACGACGGCAUGUACGCAGUGGACUACUCCAAGUUUGGCAACACCGUCAAGGUGCCGACGCCGUGCUGCAGCGCCAAGAAGCUGGAUGAGGCCGGCGACGUCGCGCGGUUUAAGCUGAACGAGGGCGUCGCCAUGCGGCCGUCCGUGAGAAGGCGGAGGGGGGCCGCGAUGGUGCGCAGGUCCAGACUGGAGACCAAGUGAGGAGUUCUGCUUAAAACUGAGCCGCUUCACUUUUAGAGUCAUUUAAAAAAAUAAACUGAAUCUUAUUUAUUUGACAUUUUACCUCAGGAUUAGAGAGACAAAGCACUGAAAUAACUCUGACUGUUGGAAUGGUUCAGAAUUUCAUAAUUGGGGUUCUGUGAAAAGGUUACAAGUAGUUAAUAACCUACCUUAUCUUUAAUAAACGAUUCUCAGUCCCUCCCUGUUUAUUAUGAAUCCAGAGUGAUUAUCUGAGAGGAAACAUUAAACUCUACCACCCUAAAGCAGCUCUAGUCUCAAAUACUUUUAAAAAACCUUUUAACAAAAACCCACUUGAAAACGUCUGAGCCAACUGUUUAAAUGUGAGCCCUGGUAUUCAGAGUGCAAUGUUUGUUUUUUUAAUCUGAGUGACUGCAUGCGUUUUAAAUUAUUAGAAAGGGAAAUGCUUAACUUCAAGAUAAAAACAAUGUUGUACAUGGCCUUGCUGAAAACGAGAUAAAAGUAAAGCUGUUUUUAUCGAC